UGGCAUUCAACAUGGGGAGGGGCCUGCAUUGAAAGUCUGGGGGGACACACAAAACUCACGCACCCUUAAAAUCUGGAGCAAACGUCGAUCCGGAGCACCAGUUUUUCACCACCAUCGCCACCACCACUGUGUUUUGGAUCUAGGGCUUCUUCUGCAUUUGUUGUGACCUUGAUUUGACAAAUCUCGGGUUGAAUCGGAUUCGGGGUUCGAUUUUUUUUUCCUUUUCUUCUUCAUUUUUUUUUUUUUUUUUGGGUUUCGGAGUUUGUUUGUUUAUUGGGGUGUGGAUGAUUUGGAAGAUUUGGGAUUGGGUGUGAGAUGCAGAUGGAAAGAGAGGAACGUCGUGGCAGUUAUUAUAAUUAUGGUGAUUACGAUUAUGAGAAUGGGAAUUGCGAUCGCUACCGCGUGGAGAGUAUCAUGGUGGAGCGCGACAGGGACAAUCAGAGUCCGGAGAUGUCUUCUUCUUGGAAGAUUUUGCCGAUUUCGUCGUGUCCUUCGUCUUCGUCUGGUCUCGGUGUGGGUUCUAUCGAGCAUCAGGUUUCGAAGAUGGAUACGCUUGCUGGGAUUGCGAUCAAGUACGGUGUGGAGGUGGCUGACAUUAAAAGGAUGAAUGGCCUGGUCACGGAUCUUCAAAUGUUUGCUCUCAGGACACUACAAAUACCAUUACCGGGAAGGCAUCCUCCAUCUCCCUGUUUGCUAAAUGGUUCUGAGACUCCCCAACGGAACUCUGACUGGACCCCAACAGACAGUGUGCACCGCAACCUUUUUGAAACAUUCCAGUCACUGAGAGUGAAAUCAUCUUCCCAGCGGCCGGUAUCCCCAGCUAUGAGCACUUUACAAGGUUAUUACAGGCUGAAGCCAGAAGAUCAGCGAAAUGCACCCAAAGGCUUUGAAAUGGCAGUCUACAGAAAAGAAAGUGCCCAUUAUUUAGAAGAUGGGCAAUUCUCCAAACAGUCAUCAAUUUCUAACCCACUUCUGAGCCGUGUUCGGAAAUGUAGAAGCUUAGCUAAUGGUUUCAUGCCAGAGAAUGGUGAAGCAGCUGACGACAUGACAAUUUUAGAAGCAAAGGAAGGUGACUAUAGAUGGAAUGAGAAAUUGAUCAGAAGGCGUCAGAAAUCUGAAACAGACUUUUCUUGCAGCCCCGAAAUGCCGUUGAAGGAGGAUAACAGAAGUGGCGGUGGUGGUGGAUUUUCAGCAAUAACAGGAAAGGGUUUGGCCCUGAGAACCAAAGCAGUGAAUCGAACUGCAACUGAUGCAGAUGCAAGUUUAAUGAACCCUAUUCCGGUAGGUCUGGGGGAUUCUAUUGUGACAGAUAGUUUUGCUGGAGUAAGGAAGUCAUCAAGCACAUCAAAUUUGCAGGAUCAGGACAAUGCUAGCUUUCCGUCCAUCUGGCCAACAUCAAUGUGGAAUUUGAAGCCUGAUCUACAAGCCCUUUCAACUGCAGCCAUUACAAGACCAAUCUUUGAUGGCUUGCCUAAACCAAUAACCGGACGAAAAAACAAAGCCGCUCUUGAUUAGCGAAAGCUCGAUUCAUUAGAUCCAGUUAACUCAUUGAUUUUGUUCCAUAUUUUGUAAACCCUUCCAGUAGUUGUUGCUCUAUAGUCGGAAAUAGAGAGAGAAAGUGUAAAGGACAGUAAAAAAAAAGUCCAAAUAAGAUGCUUCAUCAAUUAAUACAUGAAUAUUUACCCAUUUA